AUGUUCAGGAAUGAAAUCACUAUUACAGGAGAAUUGAGUACUGUCCAUGAUUUCAAUCCCACCUGUCAAGAGGGAAUUGAUAGUGAAAUCUCUAGGUUUGCAGAUGACUCUAACUUCUUCUCGGAGGUGAAAUGCCAAGAAGACGGAGAUGAGUUCCAAGAUUUCAUAAAUCUGACUGGGCUGAAAAAUGUCAACAUCAAAGGUAACGUAAUAGCAAUAGCUUCCUACCCUUGUCCUUUCCCCUUCAACUCCUUAUCCCUAGAAGCUGAGCUGGAUUAUUUUGUUUUAAUCAUACAAAGUUUAAAAUUUUUUGCAGCUGCAGUGUUAACCCUGUUAGAUGACAUUCACUUUGUUUCAGACUAUUUUAGUCCAGUUCCUCUUGGGAUCUUUCUGGGAUUAUCUCAGAUCUCAAAACACUGUGAAGGCGUUGAUAAAUUUUGGCAAGUGCUGGUGAACGGUAAGAACUGUACGGUAGAGAUACCGACGGAAAGGUUUAACACUGAAGUUUGGUACGACCCCGAUGAUAACAAACCUGGAAAAAUGCGGACAAAGAAAGCUGCUCUUACUGAAGGAUUUAAUGAAUUUGACAACAAACUUUUUGGAAUCAGUGAUCCCGAAGCGGAUCGCCUCGACCCUCAGCACAAAUCACUUCUGGAAUGCACUUACAGGGCUCUGGAGGAUGCAGGAAUCCCUACCGAAGAAGUGGCAGGCAGCAGGGUGGGCGUCUUCAUUGGUCUUAUGAAUCGAGAUUAUGAGUUUAUGGCUUCUCAGACUGCAACCCUGGCCAACCACUACAAUGCCACCGGAACAGCAAUGAGCAUAGCCGCUAACAGGAUCUCAUAUGUCUUCAAUCUCACCGGACCUUCUCUCGUGAUAGACACCGCCUGCUCCUCGUCUCUCGUUGCCCUGCAUUAUGCCUGCCUCGCCAUUAAACAAGAUUAUUUCAGAGGCAGAAUUAGUGAAUAAAGGCCCAAAGUGUUAUCUGUCAACUAAAUAUGUAAAAAGUGAUUCAACACAACACGAACGGAUAGAGACUCUCCAAUUGGUAGAGGUCACACUUCAGAGACAGAAAAGAACAAUGGGCAAUUUUAUGGAACAGACCUGUGGAACUAGGUUGCACUGGAGUCAAGUGUACACCAACCGCCAUGAAGAUCCUGGCAAAAGAUCACUACAACAUGAAGCCUGAAAGGAGAAAUAGCCACUGAUUAUGUUUUGGCCAACUGUAAAGGUGGGAGGCCCCUGAGUGUGAGUUUUCCAAGGGCGAAGAACAAGUAAAAUUGCUUCCCAAAGGGGUGGACCGUCAACUCCGCAUGAGACCGUUUAAAUGUGACUGAUAAA